AUGGUGGGAGUUCCUCGCAGUGGGGGCUGUCCCACCUGUCUGAGCCGCAAGGUGAAGUGCGAUGAGACCCGUCCUGGCUGCCAACGAUGUACCAAAAAGGGCCUGAAAUGCCCGGGGUAUACCCGCCCUCUCGACAUUCGCACUCAGAAGCCCCCGUUCGCCGCUCCACCUCGGGAUCGAAAACACCCCAAACCCGCUUCAUGGGUCAUUGCACGGAAGCCGACUACUCGGCCGCUACUACUGCCUCAGAUCACCAUUGACGAAGUCCUUGCGCCGAACCUAGCGUACGAAGCUCUUAGCAUGCAGACGAAAGAAUCGUUUCAGGGCUGGCUGAUGUACUACUUUCCUCGGGUUUACUUUUCCUUUAAAUCUCGCGUUGAUGUAGAUUGGAUGGACUUCCUGCGCGAUAUACCACCUGCCCAGUUUCCGCAGGCGCUCAUGUGGGCGAUCCGCGCUCUGAUCACGUUUCAAAUGGGGACUCUGCAGGGCAAUGAGAUGGCCAUCUAUUCCGCUCGUCACAUGUAUGGCCGCGGACUCUGCCAUCUCCGAGCGCUUCUACAAACUCCGGCGGCACUCUCAGACGAGUGUCUCGCCUCUUGCAUCCUGCUUGGUGGGUAUGAGAUUCUGGAUGGAAGCAGCGAACGCUCCUGGAUUUCUCACACGCAUGGGAUCCGGUAUAUUAUGAGUGCGCGUGGUGCGGCGGCGCAUAAGUCCGGGAUUGGCCGUACAUUAAUGCUUUCUUUUCGGCCCUUCUUGAUUUCUGAAGCUUUUGUCAUGGGCGAACAUUGCUUCCUGGGAGACGCUGAGUGGACAUCGUUGAGCAACCAUGCUCUUGAGGGAGAUGGUAAGAAAGGGAAAAAGAGUGCCUUGGGCAAGAUCCUGGACAAUGCGUUUGAUGAGUUCGCGAAAUGCCCAGGCUAUUACGCUGUCACACGGAACAUUCUGGCGUCACCGACUGACCCCGACAACGCAGUCAUGGAUCCCCUGCUAAGUGAUAUUGCACAUGCGAAGGAGCGUCUACGCCAACUUCGAGCUCAGCUGGAUAUUGACCAAAGUAUGAGAGAUUUGGAUUCCUUCAGUGGCUCCGUACCAGCCACGUACGUGGAUAGUACGGCACAGCUCAUUAGUGAUGGUAUCAAUUCCAUUCUGGCACUCUUGGGUCAGCUUUCGACUAUUCUGGAAGCAGACCAGAGCCGAAGAAGUCUUCAGCGACAGGCGAGACUGGUAUACGGUGCCAACUCUACACCCGGACAGGAUCCGUGGCGUUUGUCUGCAGAGAAAUUUUCCCGAAGGAAUGACAUCCGCCAGCCACUCUUGCUUUGCGAUCCAACGGCGUUCACAUCUAGUACCCGCCCAAUUGGGGAUGCGCUGGAUCGGUUCUCUUUGGAUUUGGGGAUGGGAAGCGUAUCUACAAAUGCUUCUCAGCCAUCUGAAUUUGCACCCACGCCGGUUUGGAAGGAUAUGCCUCCGUGA